AGACAGCACAUCUUACCCCACCUUUAAAUAUCUCCCAUACAUACCUUAGAUUCAUAUACAAACGUGUAUGUCUAUAUGACCAGCACCAAUUAUGUACAUUUUAGUGCUCUCCAGCCACACCUAAAGUAAUAAAAACCCUCCUCUUUAACCUCCCAAAAAGAAAAAAGGUCCAUCAACACAACUCCCCACCACUUUCCCUGACAAGAACCAUCUUGAUUGAUUGAUAAUUGUAAUUCCUUCACCUCUUACCAAAAAUCCCAAAUCAGAAGACAAGCAAUAGAGAAUGAUUAAGUUUCUCUUAUUUUUCUUGUUUCUCCUCAAUUCAAGAAAUGUGUUUAUUUUAGGUGUUACUUCACCACAAGAUAUCUCUGCUCUUAAAGCUUUUAAAUCGUCAAUCAAGCCAAGUUCCAUCCCUUCAUGGUCAUGUCUUGCAUCAUGGGACUUCACCUUGGCAGACCCAUGUCUCCUCCCUCGCCGGAGCCACUUCACUUGUGGUGUAACAUGCUCAUCUGACGCAACUCGAGUCACCCAACUCACUCUUGACCCAGUUGGCUACUCAGGUCAACUCACUCCGCUCAUUUCUCAGCUCACUAAUCUCACUAUUCUUGACCUUUCAGAUAACAACUUCUUUGGCUCUGUUCCGUCUUCAAUUUCCUCUCUUAUAAAUCUCCAAACUUUAACUCUCCGUUUCAACUCGUUCUCUGGGUCACUUCCAAUCUCCAUUACUAACCUUAAAUCACUUCGAAGUUUGGAUCUUUCACAUAAUUCUUUAUUCGGGUAUCUGCCAAAAUCCAUGAAUUCAAUGUCUAGUUUAAGAAGACUUGAUCUUAGUUACAACAAAUUAACUGGGUCUUUACCAAAACUACCUUACAACUUGCUAGAACUAGCUCUAAAGAACAAUUCUUUAUCUGGUUCGUUAUCUAAAGCAUCAUUCGAUGGGUUAACUCAGUUAGAAGUGAUUGAACUGAGUGAAAACUCAUUCAAUGGAGUACUAGAAUCAUGGUUCUUUCUCUUACCAGCACUUCAACAGGUUGAUUUAGCCAAUAAUGAUCUUACACGUGCUGAGAUCUCAAAGCCUGUAAAUGGUAACAGUGACCUCGUAGCUGUUGAUCUUGGUUUCAACAAAAUUGAAGGUAACGUUCCAUUAAAUUUUGCUGAUUAUCCUCUGCUUUCGUCUUUGUCGUUGAGAUACAACCGGUUGCGUGGCACCAUCCCGUUGGAGUUUAGUCAAAAGAAGAGUUUGAAAAGAUUGUUUCUGGAUGGGAAUUUCCUGAUUGGUAAGCCACCAUCGGAGUUUUUCGCAGGUGGAGUUCCGGUCACCGGUAGUUUGGGGGAUAAUUGUCUACAAGGGUGUCCGGGUUCAUCUCAGUUGUGUACGCCUUCACAGAAACCAAGUUCUGUAUGUAAACAAGCUUACGGAAGGAAAGGAAAACCGAAGUCUUAAUAUGGUCAGAAAUUCAGUUUAUAUUAUUAUUUUUUAGAGCCAAAAUAAAACAAUGUGCAUUAGAAAUUUUGUAAUUUCAUAUUAGUGAAUUAUAUAUAUAAAUGAAAUGUGGAAGCUAGAUUAUUCUUUUUCUUUAACAAAAUAAACUUCCUUAACUAGGUGGAACAUUUACAGAAACAUUACAAACCCACAACAAAGUAUGAUCAAAUUAUGUGAUUUAUUUUUUAUUUUAUUA